AUGCAUCAAAAACUUUUUAGCUGGUUGGCUCUGGCUGUGGCCCUCUCUCAACUGUUUAUGCCUGCGACUGGAGAAUCCUAUCAAGUGAGCAGGCACAAUGUGAGUGAAGUAGUUGACUCGAACGAACUCGUUCUGCUGCUCUUCUACUCGAAUAGAUGCAAAUACAGCGUGCAACUGAUGCCCAUCUAUGAGUCGGCCGCAAGUCAGCUGCACUCUACACUUGGAGGCACGGGCAAGUUGGCUCUGGGCAAGGUCGAUUGCGACCUGGAGCCUGAAAUGGAGAGUAACUAUGAUAUUGGCAAGUAUCCGACCAUAAAGAUCGUGCGGAACAAAUACGUCAACAAAAAGGAGUAUCGAGGACAACGCUCCGUAGAGGCGAUCGUGUCCUUUGCACUUGAGGAGCUGCUGGAUCCUAUACAGGAGUUUGUCUCCUUGAAUGAGCUGAACGAUCUAAAUACCCGCAAGUAUCUGGUGAUUGGACACUACGAAAGCAACUCUCAUGACGAGUAUAUGGCUUAUCGCAGGGCAGCGAGCAAUAUGAAGGAGCACUGUCAGUUCCAUGUGAAGUUCACUGGGGGUAAUGGUCCGAAUUCCUUGACAUUCCAAGAGCACUUGAAUCACACAGACUCGCUGAGCCUGUACACCGGCAACAUGUCCAGCCAGGAAGAGCUGAUGGAGUGGCUCACCAUGAAGUGUAUACCCAUUGUGCGUGAGCUGACAUUCAGCAAUGCUGAGGAACUCACGGAAGAGGCCAAACUCUUUGUUAUACUCUUCCAUAACCCUCAAGAUAAACAAUCUGGAAAAGAUUUCGAGAGAGUAGUACGUGCCGAACUGAUGGAUGAGCUCGACAAUAGGCCGACCUACCCGUCAUAG